CACCACCAGCAGCACAACCACCACCUACAGCACAACCACCACCACAGCCAACAUCACCACCAGCAGCACAACCACCACCAGCCGCAGCACAACCACCACCAACUCCACAGCCACCAGCUGCAUCAGCAUCGGCCCCACAUUCUCCACUUCCCAUUGCCGCAGCUGCUGCUGCUCCUGCUGCCGCUGCUCCUGCUCUGCGUACCGCCGACGCCCUGCGUGGCGAUGUCGGCAGCGGCAGCAGCAGCCUCCUCCUCCUCCUCCUCGUUCGCGUCGUGCCCGGCGCCGUGCCGCUGUGACCGCAGCUUCGUCUACUGCAACGACCGCGGUCUCGCCUCCAUCCCCGCGGGUCUGCCGCGAGGCGCCACCACCCUGUACCUGCAGAACAACCUCGUGAACAGCAGCGGCCUGCCCGCUGAUCUCAGCAGCCUGCUGCAGGUGGACAUGGUCUACCUGUACGGCAACGAGCUGGAGGUUUUCCCCUCGAACCUGCCGCGGAACGUGCGCGAGCUCCACCUGCAGGAGAACAACAUCCAGACGGUGUCGCGCGAGGCCCUCGCCCGCCUCCACAGGGUGGAGCGCCUCCACCUGGACGACAACUCCAUCUCGAGCGUGGGCGUGGAGCGCGGCGCCUUCCUCGAGUGCCGCUCCCUCCGCCUCCUCUUCCUCUCCCGCAACCACCUGAGUCAGGUGCCGGAGCGCCUCCCCACCGGCCUGGAGGAGCUCCGCCUGGACGACAACCGGAUCGGCCACAUCGAUGGCGAGGCGUUCGCGGGCCUGGCGAGCCUCCGCCGCCUCGUCCUCGAUGGCAACCUUCUGAGCGACGGCGCCUUGUCGGCGGACACCUUCCGCCGCCUGGGCUCGCUGGCCGAGCUGUCGCUCACGCGCAACUCCCUGGCGGCGCCGCCCUCCGGCCUGCCCGGCGCCAGCCUCCAGCGCCUCCACCUGCAGGAGAACCAGCUGAGCCGCAUCCCCGCGGGCGCUUUCGCGGGCCUCGGGCAGCUGCGGCGACUCGACCUCUCCAGCAACAACCUGAGCCGCCUGCAGCCCGGCGCCUUCGAGGGCCUCGACUCGCUGGCGCAGCUGCUGGCCCGCAACAACCCAUGGCGCUGCGACUGCGCCAUCGAGUGGGUCCGCCGCUGGCUCAACUCGCGGCCCGUCAACGCCCGCGGCCUCAUGUGCCAGGGGCCCGACGAGGUGCGCGGGAUGUCCAUCAAGGACCUGGCGCCCGAGUCGCUUUCGUGCUCCGCGAGGUCGGGGGGCGGCGACGGCGCCAGAGGGGGAGCCGGGAGGCAUCAGUCGCGGCUCACGAAGCAGCAGCAGCAGCAGCAGCAGUCAGGGCCACGGCUGCCCGGGGAGGCAUCUCGCCCCUCGCCGUCCGACGGCGGCGAGUCGGCCCUGGCCACCGACAAACCGCCUCCGUCACAGUCCCUCACCGAGUCCGCCACCGGUACCGGUGGCGCUGGUGGUCCCGGUGCCGGUGCCGGUGGCGGGAAAGGUGGAGCGAGCGGUAAAGUCGGCGGAAGCGGCGGGAGAAGAGGCGCCGCGUUCAACAACAACGACGACGGUGGCGGUGUCGGCGGCGGGAACUUCACCAUGACCGUCCACCCGGCGGGUGAGGGCAGCGUGGUGGUGGGCUGGCACGGCCCUCCAGACGUGACGGCCUACCAGCUCACGUGGUCCAAAUCGCCGCCGCAGCGCCGGCCGCCGCCGCCGCCGCCGCCGCCAUCAUCGCCGCGCGGCCACCGGGAGGGCGUCGGCAGCCCCGGGAGGCCGGCGGUGGCGCCGGUGCGCGAGGCCCUGGUGGCGGCCGACCGCUCGCGCUACGUGGUCACGGGCCUGGAGAGGGCUGCCCUCUACACGCUGUGCCUAGCGCCGCUGCGGCGGCCCCACCGGGCGCGGGGCGCCGCCGCCCCCCGCCGUCCCGCAGGACGUGCGCGGGAGGGGGAGGAGGAGGAGGAGGAGGAGGAGAAGAAGAAGGGGGAAGGGCCCGCAGGCCCGCGGCCGGGCCUGGAAGGUGGCGGUGAGCCUUCGCAGGGCUUGACGCUGCCCCUCGCCGCCAUCGUCGGUGGCGCAGCCGCCUCCGUGCUCCUCGUGGCGCUGCUCGCCAGCGCCUGCUGCUUCGUGCACCGGACCGGGAGGCCGCACGGGAAGCGGAGGAAGGGAGGAGGAGGCGGUGCCGGAGGAGGAGAAGGGAGCAGAAUUGGGGCAACGGUCGGGGGAACGGCGGUCGGUAGGAUGGGAGGCGAGGACGGACUCGGGCUUGGAGCCGGUUCAUUCGCUGGUGGCUGCAGUGGUGUCGGUAGCGGCGGCAGCGGUGGCAUUGGCUCCGCGCGAGGCUAUGGGCGCCCGCGCAAGCAAGCCGACGACUACGUCGAGAGCGGCACCAAGAAGGACAACUCCAUCCUGGAGAUCGGCCCUCGCGCCAACUUCCAAAUCGUCCCGCUCACAUCGGCAGCGACCGGCGCCGCCGGCGUCAUCGGUGGCGGGAGGCCCCACAUUGUGUCCGGGGUCGGCGUCUGCUGCUGCCGGCACGGAGAGCGGUGCGGCCUGCACAAGGAGGCAGUGGCCAUUCGGACGAUCUUCCCCACCAACGGGACCAUCCUGUAUAAGAAUGACGGGCGCAACGGAGGAGGAGGUGGCAGCGGAGGAGGCGGAGGGGUCGGCGGCGCGGUCAGCAGAGCGAUGUUCAUGGACGAAGGGGCGGUGGGCGACAUGGGUAUGGCGAGGUUGACGUGACGAGAGGCGGACGGGGAUUGGUUGGUGGGGCCGAGGUUGGGGAGGUGGAGGAGGUUGUUGAGGCUGAAUCUCUGGUGGAUUUAAAUUCGUGCCUGGGCAGCUCUGGAAUAGUUAGAGGCAGUGCGCACUCACGCGCUCGUCAUGCACAAGUGCAUCUUUAUCACUCGCAACAACCGCCGUUCGCCACUAAGUGGCGGUGACGUCGCCACGGCGCUUGUGCCAGGCUAGGUGCGUCCCAGAGGCCGUCACGAGAAGUGUGGAAGGUUGUCGCUGAUGCUGGUGGGAUGAGGUCACGGGACAGACCCAGGUGAUAUGGCUUGACUGACUGGGAUGACUAACAGAUGCAAUCAGCUGUGCUCCCCACUGUGUCGGCAAGGCACAGUGUACAGACAUGCAAUCACACACACACACAGUGUAUGCAUGCAUACAUACACAUGGUGUGCACAGAGGCUGGAGAAAUACACGUGUUAAACCUAUGGACAUACAGGCGUGCAUACACACGAAGUCCAUAGGAUACGUUCACACACUGGCAUAUGUGCACGUACAGACUUACACAUGUAUACACACACA